GUAUUGUACUUUUCAGACACUAUCAAUAUCAUGCUUGCCUCUCGCUCUGUCCAGCGUGUUUCAGUGACCCGGCGCCAGUCGCUGGUAGUGACUUGCUCCGGAAACGGCUAUUCGACGGGUGUUUUUCACGAAGGCCAGAAGGUCAAGGUGAUCGCUUCCGUUAAGGUCUUCCAUGCGCCGAAGCACCACGAAGGCAUGGACCUGAAGGGAAUGGAGGGCACCGUGACAAAGGACGUCACCCACUUUAAGGGCAAGACGCUCUCAGCGACGCUUCCCUACCAGGUUCAGUUCCUGGUGCCGGGAGAGAGCGACACGGAUAAGCACAUGAAGUUCUCGGCUCACCUGGCUGAGGACGAGAUUGCUGCGGUGUAAAGUUAGAGGCGUGGCGAUAGGCACUGCUUCAACGGAAUAAGCUAUUCGGCAGGCAAGCGCUUUCCCAGUUGGGCCGCGGUGUUGAUGGUAUUGAAUCGGACGCACACUUCCUGCACCAGGUUGCUGUGGACGGGUUGAACCGCGGCGGUGGGUGGCUCGGUUUCGGGGUGCGUAUGGGGACUGCACGCCGUGGUGCGCGUGGCCGUGCAUGUCUGCAUUGUAUCAGUGUUGACGUGAGCUGAACGCGUCAAAAGCAAUGAGGCGGAACGCGAUGGGAAGCGCACUCACUGUGUGUCCGUUUUGGGGUGGAGAGGGGGACUAGGAGCGGUGGGGGCGUGGUUGCAUACGGCAGAAGACAAAUCCCGUGUGUCUGCUAGGCUUCACAGCUGCUGUUGUGUAGAGAGUGAUGGCAUACGAGCUAGAAUGCACAACGGACUUGCUUGGAGCAGUUGUAUGUGGCAUAUACCCCCGGCUUCCGUGAACGUGAUGGCACUGGUGAUAGUUCUCGAGUUAUAACAACACACAUGGUACUUACAUGCGGCUGCCAGGUUUGUAGGGUAGUUUGGCGUGGUGUUUGGGGGGAGAUGCUCGUGACUCGUGAGUUGUGGGGCAUGGGUGCCUGGUGCCUUGGCAUGGAUGACAUGACACUGCAGGCGCAGGACGGGCUAACCCAGAACCAUCAAUUCUUUAAUACACUACCAG